CAUCCUUGGAGCAGAAGGCUGCUCGUCAUGAGCCUCCGAGGCUCCCACCUCCACUCCUGCCUCUGGAUGUUGUUGGGUGCCACCUUGGCUUUGGGGCAGGGGCAAGUAAGCGGCCGUCUAAGGCUGGCAGUACUGCCUGAGGACCAGCUGCAGAUGAAGUGGAGGGAAGCAGAGGGAAGUGGCCUUGGCUACUUGGUGCAGGUGACACCCAUGGCAGGGGACUUGGAGCAGGAGCUGAUAUUAACCACCAAGAUGCCCAAGGCCACUGUGGGUGGCCUGAGCCCUUCCAAGGGCUACAUCUUGCAGAUCUUCGAGCUCACUGACUCUGGGCCUGUCCUGCUGGUGCGAAGGGAGUUUGUGAUUGAGGAUCUGAAGAGCCACUCUCUGAGCAGAGGCAGCCGGAGGCUGGUAGGACCCACCCUGGAUCCUACCUCUUUCCCUCUGCAGGCCUCAGACCCUGAGAAAACACCUGAGCCCAGUAUCGUCUUCACCUUGAACAGAGACCGGCCCAUUCUUGUUGACCCCCAGUUCCAUUGUAUGCCCCCAACUCCUACCGAUAUAAUCUUCCUGGUGGACGGGUCCUGGAGCAUCGGCCACAGCCACUUCCAGCAGGUCAAAGACUUCCUGGCCAGCAUCAUCACACCGUUUGAAAUAGGACCAGAUAAAGUCCAAGUAGGUCUGACUCAGUACAGUGGAGACCCCCGGACCGAGUGGGACCUGAACUCCUUCCACACCAAGGAGCAGGUGCUGGCAGCUGUGCACAGCCUCCGGUACAGGGGAGGAAACACAUUCACAGGCCUCGCCCUAACCCAUGUACUGGGGCAGAACCUGAAGCCAGCAGCAGGUGCCCGUUCAGAGGCAGCCAAGGUGUUGAUUCUGGUGACAGAUGGCAAGUCCCAAGAUGAUGUGCGCACAGCUGCCCGGAUUCUUAAGGAUCAGGACAUCGAUGUCUUUGUUGUGGGUGUGAAGAACGCCGAUGAGGCUGAACUGAAGCUCCUGGCGUCCCAGCCACUGGACAUCACCGUCCACAAUGUGCUGGACUUCCCCCAGCUGGCCACCCUAGCUGCUCUGCUCAGCCGCCUCGUUUGCCAAAAGAUCCAGGGCAGGGGCCCAGUCAAACCAGCAGAGGCUACUCUGGCCCUGGAUCCCCUCCCCAUGCCCACCAGACUUGUCCUCACCCACGUCACCUCAUCCAGUGUCCACCUGUCUUGGACUCCGGCCUCAUACCCACCCCUUAAGUAUCUAAUUGUGUGGCAGCCUUCUAGGGGUGGUGCCCCCAAGGAGGUGGUGGUGGAGGGCCCUGUCUCAUCCAUGGAGCUCCGAAACCUGACCUCCAACACAGAAUACAUGGUCUCCGUGUUUCCUGUCUAUGAGAGUGGUUUUGGCAAGAGCCUGCAAGGCUGGGCAACCACAGCACCCCUCCCUCCACCUGGGGCACUGACCCUGGCUUCAGCGACACCCAGAACCCUCCACCUCACCUGGCAGCCCUCUGCUGGGGCCACUCAGUACUUGGUGCGGUACUUGCUGACUGCCUCCCCUGGGGAGAAGCAAAGGAGAGAGGUACAUGUGGGACAGCCUGAGGUACUGCUGGAAGGCCUGGAGCCAGGCCGUGACUAUGAGGUGUCAGUGCAGAGCCUUCGGGGACCAGAGGCCAGUGAGGUCCGGAGCAUCAGUGCCAGGACCACUGCUCUGUGGCCCCCAAGACACCUGAGUUUCUCAGAUGUGAACCACAGCUCAGCUUGUGUGUCCUGGGAAGCCCAGAGGCCCGUGCGCCUGGUCAAGGUCAGCUAUGUCUCCAGUGACGGCAGCCACUCUGGACAGACUCAGGUUCCUGGGAAUGCUACCUCAGCCAUCCUGGGCCCCCUUUCUUCCUCUACCAAGUACACCGUCCGAGUCACCUGUUUUUACUUCGGGGGUGGCUCCUCUGUGCUGACCGGCCAUGUGACCACAAAGAAGGCUCCCAGCCCUAUUCAGCUGUCUGUGGUGGAGCUCGCAGGAGAUUCGGUCAAGCUAUCAUGGGUGGCUGCUGCCUUGUCUGGUGUACUUGUUUAUCAGAUCAAGUGGACGCCCUUGGGAGAAGGGAAGGCCCAUGAGAUCUCUGUCCCAGGGACCCUUGACACAGCCAUCCUACCUGGCCUGAUGAGUCAUGUGGAGUAUGAGAUCACCAUCCUUGCCUACUACAGGAACGGCACUCACAGUGACCCUGUGUCCCUCCGCUACAUCCCCACCUCAGCAAGCAGGAACCCCCCAUCCAGCCUGGUCUUGUCCUCGGAGACCCCCAACAGCCUACAGGUCAGCUGGACACCACCAAGUGGCCAUGUCCUACAUUACCGGCUCAACUAUGCCCCGGCCUCGGGCUCUGGACCAGAGAAAUCGAUCUCUGUGCCAGGCACCAGGAGCCACGUUGUACUUCCUGACCUGCUGUCUGCCACCAAGUACAGGGUCCUGGUCUCAGCCGUCUAUGGAGCAGGAGAGAGUACAGCAGUGUCUGCCACCUACCGCACAGCAGCCUGCCCAGCCCUGAACUCGGACAGUUCCCUCUCAGGGUUUGACCUGAUGGUGGCCUUUGGUCUCGUGGCAAAGGAGUAUGCCUCCGUUCGAGGUGUGGCCAUGGAACCCUCGGCCCUGGGUGCGGCCCCCACCUUCACGCUCUUCAAGGAUGCUCAGCUGAUGCGGCGAGCCAGUGAUAUCUACCCAGCAACUCUGCCACCAGAACACACCAUUGUCUUCCUUGUGCGCCUACUCCCUGAGACACCCCGAGAAGCCUUUGCGCUGUGGCAGAUGAUGGCCGAGGACUUCCAGCCCAUUGUUGGGGUUCUGCUGGAUGCUGGCAGAAAGUCUCUGACUUACUUCAACCAUGAUCCCAGGGCAGCCUUGCAGGAGGUCACCUUUGACCUGCAGGAUGCAAAGAAGGUUUUCUUCGGAAGCUUCCACAAGGUCCACGUGGCUGUAGGCCACUUCAAGGUCAGACUUUACGUGGACUGUCGGAAGGUGGCUGAGAGGCCUAUCGGGGAUCCUGGCAGCCCACCCACGGCUGGUUUCAUCACACUAGGGAGGCUAGCCAAGGCCAGAGGGCCACGGAGCAGCUCGGCCACGUUCCAGCUCCAGAUGUUGCAAAUCGUGUGCAGUGAUACCUGGGCAGACAAGGACAAGUGCUGCGAGCUUCCUGCAUUGAGGGAUGGAGAGACAUGCCCAGCCUUCCCUUCUUCCUGUGCCUGCUCAUCUGAGACCCCUGGGCCACCAGGGCCCCAAGGCCCUCCAGGCCUCCCUGGAAGGAAUGGCACUCCAGGACAGCAGGGACACCCGGGGCCCAAGGGAGAGCCAGGACCACCUGGACAGACAGGACCCAAAGGCCCUGGAGGUCAGCAGGGGUCACCGGGGACCCAGGGCCGCACAGUCCAGGGACCCAUGGGUCUCCCAGGAGUCAAAGGAGAGAAGGGAGACCAUGGACUCCCAGGCUUGCAGGGCCUCUCUGGCCAGCAAGGCAUCCCCGGGAAAACUGGCCUACAGGGACCAAAGGGAAUGAGGGGACUGGAAGGACCUGCUGGCCUGCCUGGACCACCUGGCCCCAGGGGGUUCCAGGGUUCGGCAGGGGCCAGAGGCACCAAUGGAGAGCGAGGACCUCCAGGGGCAGUGGGGCCCACAGGUCUACCGGGAUCCAAAGGUGAACGAGGAGAGAAGGGAGAACCACAGUCCCUUGCCACCAUCUUCCAGCUGGUGAGCCAGGCCUGCGAGUCAGCCAUACAGACACAUGUGAUGAAGCUGAAUUCCUUCCUCCAUGAGAAUGCCCGGCCCCCAAUGCCCUUCAUGGUGGACACAGCAAAGCCAGGCAAACCUGGGUCUGUAGAGUCUCCCGGAUCACAUAAUGAGGAUCUACUUCGUGGAGACGGGGGACAUGUCCACCAUCCCGAGGACCAAAGUGAGCCAUCAGCCAUCAGCCACACAGGCAGCCCUGGACUGCAGGAAGGGAAGAUCCCAGAAUCCUUGGGGUGA